AUGAAGAGAAAGGUGUUGUUGAUGGGCAAGAGUGGGUCUGGGAAGACCAGUAUGAGGUCCAUCAUUUUUGCCAACUACGUUGCCCGAGACACCAGUCGCCUUGGAGCAACAAUUGAUGUCGAGCACUCCCAUAUACUCUUUCUGGGCAACUUGGUACUGAACUUGUGGGAUUGUGGAGGACAAGAAACGUUCAUGGAGAACUACUUUACUUCUCAGAAAGGCAACAUCUUCAGAAAUGUUGAAGUGCUCAUUUACGUAUUUGAUGUAGAGAGCCGAGAAUUGGAGAGAGACAUGCACUAUUACCAGAGCUGCCUGGAGGCCAUUUUGCAGAACUCCCCAGAGGCUCGUGUCUUCUGCCUCAUACACAAGAUGGAUCUGGUCCAGGAUGAUCAGAGAGACCUUAUCUUUCGGGAGAGGGAAGAAGAUCUGAAGCGAUUAUCAAAGCCUCUAAAAUGUAUCUGCUUUAGGACCUCAAUUUGGGAUGAAACUCUUUACAAGGCCUGGUCAAGCAUUGUCUAUGAACUUAUCCCUAAUGUCAAGGAGCUGGAGCAAAACUUAAGAGACUUUGCCAACGUUAUCGAAGCUGAUGAAGUUUUACUGUUUGAGAGAGCGACGUUCCUGGUCAUAUCUCACUACCGCACGAAUUCUCACAGGGACGUUAACCGCUUUGAGAAGGUCUCCAACAUCAUCAAGCAGUUCAAACUCUCCUGCAGCAAGUUAGCAGCGCAGUUCCAAACCAUGGAAGUGCGUAACUCCAAAUUUGCUGCCUUCAUUGAGAUCUUCACUUCCAGCACAUACUGUAUGGUGAUAAUGGCCGACACCUCAAUAACUUCUGCGGCAACCCUGAUCAACGUACGUAAUGCACGAAAACACUUUGUAAAACUGGAGUGUAGGCGUCGAGGCCAUUUUGCUCUCUCAAGAUAGACGAUUAUAUAUACUAAACUGUUAUAACUCUGUUCAUCUCAUUAAUAAAUGUUAUACAGUAUUUCUAUUUUAGUAUAUACUGUAGUACAUUGUAUCUGGUGUUUUGAUCUCCACUCUGGUUUACAACACUGCUCAUGUUUCCUGUCAUAAAAACAGU